GGUUGCCUAGUAACCAGUUCAGCCGCACCGUUCUCGUUUGUAGCGUCCUUGUGGUUGCCUAGCAACGCUUCCUAUCCCCCGGUUCUCGCUUCCUAUGGCUCACCGUGGGAAAAUGAAGUCUGGGACCCUCACCCCACGUGACAGCCAGUUCAGCAUCAAAGUGAGACUCCAGGAGAGCCAGGAGAGGUUCUCAGUGCCCGGAUGUAGCCCCCAUAUGAAGAUGGCAGAGCUGAAAGAGAAGCUGGAGCUGCUGGCUGGGAUCCCAAUCCACCUCCAGAGGUUGUCCUAUGUAGAUGAAGGAGACAUGCCUGACACAUCUACCUUCAAAUUCAAUGGAAUUAUUCCUGGAGGAACUGUUUGUCUGAGCAUCUGGUCACGGGACGGCUGGGGUGAUCUUGUUAAAGCUGCAGCUGAAGGAAACCUAGCAGAGCUGAAAUGUUUAGGAGUGACUACAGACAGUUCCUAUGACACAGAAAAUUCUUUGAGGUUUAGUGUGAAGCAGAGGAAUGAGUGGAUAGCUGCAAGAGCCAGUGUGGCCCUUUAUGUUGCUGCACAUCGAGGAUACCUGCAUAUGAUACGUUUCCUUUUAAAGAACGGAGCCAAUGUACUGGCCAAAACCAAGCUUGGAAACAGUCCUCUCCAUGUGGCAUCAGCUAUGGGCAAGUGUGACUGUGUAGAUGAACUUCUAGCAAACGGAGCGCAAACGCAAGACAUCAAUGAAAACGGACAUACCGCUCUUGGCCUGGCACGGUUAUGGCACCAGAAGAAGGCUGAACGCCAUCUCUUCCUGUUCCAGUGGCGAGAACGAGCAGCCACUGUGUCUGCCAACACUCAUCUAGACCCCUCUGAACUUUUUGCUCAUCAAAAGUUUGACUCAAAGCUUAAAACCUGGAGGAGCGGCUCUUAUGCUAAGCGCUACAUGGCUAACCUUGUCCAGUAUAAAGAAUUUGAGGGGUCAGGAUUUAGCGCUCCGAAAAAACACACUGCUGCGAGCACAGAUCUGACAACAGGAAUCUGAAAAAUAAAGUGUCAAUGUAAGCUUUGUAUCUGCUUUAUGAAAAGUAGAGCAAAAUGUAAAGCCUGAAAAAAACUUUUUUUCAGAUUUGAAUAAAGUG